CCUAACUACAGUCUUUCUUAAUGUUGUCCAGGGCAGACAAUUGAAUCUGCGCCCGCCGUUCUGGUCUGCACUCCAACGAACCACGGUAACCUAAUAUUCAUACUUCGAGAUGAAGUUGACGAAAUCAUCGAGUCUUGCAGUGGUUGGGCUCGCAGCAGGUGUCGUUGCGGAAUGGGAAGCCUGGGAUGCUGCCAUCACCACCGUCGCUGCCUCUGCGUCUAAUUCUUGGGCCGAUUGGGAUGCCUCUCCAACGACCACAGUCACCACCACCGCUACCACUACGGUGUACAAGGAAACGACCACCGUCUACCAUUCGACAGUGUAUAUUGGCCCUGGCUUCUGUGCUACCACAACAGUGACAGUCGAUGGAAACGGACAGCCAUUCCCUCCUAUAGCGACCAAAACUCUGGUAGCUGUGCAUUCCUCCAAAACCUCGACAGCUAGUGCAGACCCGUCAUGGAGCACUGUCACAUCGCCUGACCCUACAAUGACCACAGACGGUAGCUGGCUAGAGUGGGAAAGCGAUGUGAGCACCAUUGGCACUGAUGGUGCAGUAUACACUUGGACUGGCGAUGCCAUCGCGACUACAGUCACCAUUCCGGCUCCCCAGUACACUGGCUGGUCAGACAAUGGCUCAUGGCCGGAAGCUGGUUCGGCUCACUCCAACGUGUCCACUCCCAACGGACCAAUCUAUGGCGGCUCAGGAUGUAAUAGCGCGGAUGACCGAAGUAAAUGGUGCGGAGGCCAAAGCAUCAGCAGUGACUGGUAUACUGGCGAGUACAGCACUGGAAACACCUGCUCUUACGACUUCACUAUCACAAAUACGACCCUCGACCUUGAUGGUAGCGGAGAGAAGUUGGCUUUCGCUAUUAAUGGUCAAGUCCCAGGCCCUCUGAUUGAAUGCAACUGGGGUGAUCUUCUGGUGGUCACCGUCCACAACGAGCUAACUGACAACUCGACCUCCAUCCAUUGGCACGGUAUCACUCAGAAAGGCACCAAUGACCAGGACGGUGUUCCCGGCGUCACCGAGUGCGGCAUUGCACCCGGCUUUUCGCGCACUUACACGAUGCAACUCUCGCAAUACGGAACGUCCUGGUACCACUCUCACUCCGUCGCUCAGUAUGGUGACGGCAUUCGAGGACCCAUCGUUAUUCACGGACCUGCCACCGCCAACUACGACAUCGACAUGGGUCCGAUCACCAUCGACGACACAUUCAACGUGACUGCAGCGCAGCAGAACGAGCGGGUUGCCCACACUGGUCCUACUGGAACCGUAAACUAUCUGCUCAACGGCAAGAACACACUCCCCGACCUGUCCGCCGGUCAACACGCCCUUUGGGACGUCCAGUCCGGCAAGAAACACCUCUUCCGCCUCAUCAAUACGGCUUCACAAAACAUGUACUCAGUCCACUUCGACCAGCACACCAUGACCGUCAUCGCAGCCGACCUGGUUCCCAUCGUGCCCUACGAAACCGAAUGGCUCAAUAUCGGCAUCGGCCAACGGUACGAUGUCAUCGUAGAAAUGAACCAGCCCGUAGCAGGCUACUUUUUGAGAGCCGUCACGCAAACUGGCUGCCCAAGCGGGUGCGCCAACAGCGGCCUCGGCGCCGCAAACGGCAUUUUCCUGUACUCUGGCGCAAAAGCGACACUCCCAACCUCAACCUACGGGUCCAAAAACGCAUCUGACUUCGCAAUCUGCCUGGACGAGCCCCUCGAGAGUCUUGUUCCAUACGUGUCGAAGUCUGGAGGCUCAGCCAGCGCCUUCAGCGCCACCGCAUCGACCCUGCCAGCCGGCAACGUCGCGACCGUCGCGACCAACGACGACGGCAGCGUGUUCAGGUGGUUCCUGAACAACGGCAACAUCAACGUCAAUUACACGCAACCUACACUUCAAACUAUUGCUCAACAUAAUGGGACAAACUACACGUCUCUUGUGUCCAACUCGAUCACGCUAAAGGGCAACAACACGUGGGUCUACUUCGUGAUCCAGAACCAAUUCUUCGCCGCGCACCCUAUGCACUUGCACGGCCACGAUUUCUCGCUUCUCGGCCAAGGUGUGGGCUUGUUCACGUCUGAUAUGGUGUCCACCUUGAACUUUGACAAUCCUAUGCGUCGUGACACGGCGAUGUUGAUCGGCUCGGCGGCCGUCGGCCAACAGGCUGGAUACACGGUCAUUGGAUUCCAGACGGAUAACCCCGGCGCAUGGCUCAUGCACUGCCACAUCGUGUGGCAUGUCGAUGGUGGUCUGGCGCUGCAGUGGAUUGAGCGGCCGAGUGAUAUCUCGGAUUACGCUGGCAAGGAUGAGUUUCAGAGCGAGUGCGCUGCUCUGAAGACGUGGCAGGAGGAGCAUCCCAAGGGCGUGCAUACCUCUGGGGAGUCAGGGUUGAAGAAGAGAGGUGAAACGUUCUUUGACCGCGAGUUGGAGGCGCUGGGUGUAUCUGUGAAGAGGGACUUCGAGUUCCUGAGUGCUAGUGGCAGUGGGCACAGGCAUACGAGGCGGAGUUUGGGUGAUGGGUACAAGCCCCGACAUGUUCGCUGGUAAACGCCAUGGCUUUUUGUGAUUUGGAUCUAUUUGGUUGCAAGCAGCGUCAUGACGGACUUGAUUUUGUGGGCGUGAGGGUGUUUUGCGGCGGCAUUUGUAUCACGACGGCUGGGAAAAUGGAAGGGCUGAGUUUGCGUUCUUCCGGGAUAUGAUACCAUGCUUUCUUUUC